AAACAUUAUUCCCUAGCGUUGUCAAAUGAUAAAUAGUAUUUAAAAAAUAGUCACGCGUUAUGAUCAAGUUGUCUUAGGUUAUUUUGCAUACACGCUGGAAAGAUAAUACGAGAGAAUAAUAAUAAAUUCGGUGUGAAAAAUGUCGGGACGUAGGAGGAAAAACAAGAGCAAAUUAUUCGAGAAGAGACCCCGUCAUGUUCUCGGCAAGGAGCAAAGGUACCAGCAGGAGAGAGAUGAAGGAUUGGAGAAGGAGAACUUGGAUGAAGAGGCAGAUUCAUCAGACGAACCAUCGAUCCCGUUUCCUGUGGCCAUGUGGGACAUGGAGCACUGCGAUCCCAAAAAAUGCUCUGGAAGGAAACUAGCGAGGCACGGCUUGAUAAAGAUAUUGCGAUUAGGAACUCGAUUUUCCGGCUUAUGUCUCACUCCAGCUGGUAGUCAGUGCGUAUGCCCAGCAGAUCGUGAAAUUGUACAGAAGUAUGGCUGUGCAGUUGUGGAUUGCAGUUGGGCUCGCUUAGACGAGACUCCCUUUAACAGGAUGAAGGCAUCUCAUCCUCGUCUACUGCCAUUUUUGGUUGCUGCCAAUCCAAUAAAUUAUGGAAAAUCUUAUCAGUUGAGUUGUGUUGAAGCUAUAGCAGCUGCUUUGAUUAUAACAGGAUUUCCAGAGGAAGCCAAUAUUUAUCUUGGAAAGUUCUCAUGGGGACACGCGUUUUUAGAGUUGAAUGAUGAAUUGUUGAACAAAUAUGCUCUUUGCACAAACAGCAAAGAGGUAAUUGCUGUACAAGAAGAGUUUCUAAACAAAGCCUGGCAAGAGAAAUUGGAUAGACAUGCACUUCCUGAUUUUCCACCAAGUGAUACAGAAUCUGAAGAAGAGAAAGAAGAAAAAGAUGACAAUAUAGCAUCAAAAGUAACUAAAGAAUUAGACAAUGUAAAAAUAUAAAGUAUGAUAUUGAUUAAAGAUAAUUAAUGAAGA